AUGUCAGCAAAGAGUACGGUUUUCCGAGCAAAACUGGUGCAAAAACAAGGCCAGAAAACCUGCUUGACAUAUACAACUGCCCCGCAGGUUUCAUGGGCAUUGUACCAAUUAUAUCCGUUUCUGAUUAUUUUCGACGGGCUCUUGAAUAAUCUGAUGUGGUGCUGUGACGAUAUUUGCUUGCCGUUCAUUUAUCUCGUGCUCAUGACUUUGGUAGUAAGUUGUGAAAGUGUCCUGAGUGAAGGGUCCAAUGUUCUAGGCUCAUUGGUGAACUCGUGGUUUGGACUCAUGAGUGGCGCUUUUAUCAUGUUUUCUUGCAUGUACUACGUUUCAAGCGUGCUGUGGGAGCUUAAACAAGACGAGUCGCCCACGCUGGACGAUAUCGUGGUAAUGAUGGAUAACGUUCAUUAUAAGCUGGAGAAAAUGCGCGAAGACGUGGCCAGGGUGUUCCGACUCCAGCGGCGUGAUUUUCCGUUUCUGUUAAUUGUGCUCACGCCUCUCAACUGGCUGGUUGCCACGUAUUUGGUAUCGUCUGAGAACUACGUGAAAAUCAUCGUGACUGCAGGCCUCGUCUUCCACUCCAGUUGGUGCCAAUGCACCUUGCGCUUGAUUUGGAGAAGCCUGUUUGCCCGACACUUGUGGUUUAUUGUCUGUAAACGACGUGACUCGACGGCCACCGAUCGUGAUGCACAUCGCUACACAGUUCUCCGUCCUGCAUUGGACGUGGUGAUUCCAAGGGAGCUGGCUCUUUUGGAAAGCCCUCAAUGUGCAGUAAAACUGAAACCGUACGUUCGAGAUGCCACUGUUCGCGGGUGCGAGCACCUACGAGGCGAUCCCAAUUUCACUUGGACCAAAGUUGAGACUGUUGAGUACCGAAUUUGCGAGAAUCAGCGCAAAUGGCCGCUGGACGGCUGGACACACAAUACGCUUGCUUACGAACGAACCAAAUUUACCACUGGAUGGGGGAAAGGCUGGCAACAGAGUGUUUCGCCGUGGGAAUUUCAAGAGUCACUGGAGCCAGACUGGUUCUGGAUUGACGAUGGCUGGAUGCCUCACGACUGGGAUUAUUGUGAUGCAGACUGGAACAUGCUGGGGUCAAAAGACUCGCUAGAUUGCUACACGAGAAGUAGAUCAUGGACACGGAGUGCUUUUCGAAAGCUGUCGCCCCAGCAGGCGACAUGA